GAUUUGCAGUUUUUCGUUCCUGUGUUUGGAGAAUUGUUGUGUGUGGAAGAAAGUUAAAUAUAUUAUUGAAUAAUUGCAACUAGCGGCCAAUUGUAGGUGUAAGCUGCCAAAAUGGGUUCGUUAUUUCGCAGCGAGGAGAUGACUCUAUGUCAGCUUUUCCUACAAAGCGAGGCUGCGUAUGCGUGUGUAUCAGAGCUAGGCGAAUUGGGUCUGGUGCAGUUUCGUGAUCUCAAUCCCGAUGUGAAUGCCUUUCAACGCAAGUUUGUCAAUGAGGUGCGCCGAUGCGACGAAAUGGAACGCAAAUUGCGUUACUUAGAGAAGGAGAUCAAAAAGGAUGGAAUACCCAUGCUGGAUACGGGUGAAAGUCCUGAGGCGCCGCAGCCUCGUGAAAUGAUCGAUUUGGAGGCCACCUUUGAGAAACUCGAAAACGAAUUGCGUGAAGUUAAUCAGAAUGCGGAGGCAUUGAAACGCAACUUCCUGGAGCUGACCGAACUCAAGCAUAUUCUGCGUAAAACGCAGGUUUUCUUUGAUGAGUCGGUGCCCACGAUUUAUAAGUCGACCUCGCAUUCAUCAAAAUAUCGGCGCUAUCUGCAGAUGGCCGACAACCAGAAUGAGGAUGAGCAAGCGCAGCUUUUGGGCGAGGAGGGCGUUCGCGCCAGUCAGCCGGGCCAAAAUUUAAAACUUGGCUUUGUAGCUGGCGUCAUUCUUCGCGAGAAGUUGCCCGCCUUUGAGCGUAUGCUGUGGCGUGCUUGCCGUGGAAAUGUUUUCUUGCGCCAAGCCAUGAUCGAAUCACCACUGGAGGAUCCUACCAAUGGUGAUCAAGUCUACAAGUCGGUGUUCAUCAUUUUCUUCCAAGGUGAUCAACUAAAGUCCCGAGUCAAGAAGAUUUGCGAAGGUUUUCGUGCCACGCUUUAUCCUUGCCCCGAAGCUCCUGCCGAUCGACGUGAGAUGGCAAUGGGUGUUAUGACACGCAUUGAGGAUUUGAAUACGGUGUUGGGCCAGACGCAGGAUCAUCGUCAUCGAGUGCUUGUCGCUGCAGCAAAAAAUCUUAAGAAUUGGUUCGUGAAAGUGCGCAAAAUCAAGGCCAUUUAUCAUACUUUGAAUCUCUUCAAUUUGGAUGUGACACAAAAGUGUCUAAUUGCCGAGUGUUGGGUGCCGUUGCUAGACAUUGAGACGAUCCAAUUGGCACUGCGUCGAGGUACGGAGCGUUCUGGUUCUUCAGUACCACCGAUUCUCAAUCGGAUGCAAACUUUCGAGAAUCCGCCGACGUACAAUCGUACCAAUAAGUUUACCAAGGCGUUCCAGGCAUUGAUUGAUGCAUACGGAGUAGCAAACUAUCGUGAAAUGAAUCCGGCACCCUAUACCAUAAUUACAUUCCCCUUUCUAUUCGCCAUCAUGUUUGGAGAUUUGGGCCAUGGUGCUAUAAUGGCACUCUUUGGUCUCUGGAUGAUACGCAAAGAGAAGGGAUUGGCUGCGCAGAAAACGGACAAUGAAAUUUGGAACAUUUUCUUUGGGGGUCGCUACAUAAUCUUUCUCAUGGGCGUCUUCUCCAUGUACACGGGCAUGAUCUAUAACGAUAUUUUCUCCAAAUCACUGAACAUUUUUGGCUCGCACUGGCAUCUUUCUUACAACAAGUCGACUGUCAUGGACAACAAGGAGCUGCAACUGAAUCCGGGUACCUCUGACUAUGAAGGCACACCCUAUCCGUUCGGCAUGGAUCCGAUUUGGCAGAUAGCCGGCGCAAAUAAAAUUAUAUUCCACAAUGCAUACAAGAUGAAAAUAUCGAUUAUAUUCGGCGUUAUUCACAUGACCUUUGGCGUUAUCAUGAGCUGGCAUAAUCACACCUAUUUCCGUAAUCGUCUGUCGUUGGUUUAUGAGUUCAUCCCCCAAUUGCUAUUCCUGCUGUUGCUCUUUUCCUACAUGGUGCUGCUGAUGUUUAUCAAAUGGAAUCGUUACGCGGCCACCAAUCCAAUGCCGUACUCCGAAUCUUGCGCACCUUCGAUUCUCAUCACAUUCAUUGACAUGGUUCUGUUUAAUAAGCCCAAGGAUCCGCCCGAAGGUUGCAAAGUGUAUAUGUUUUCUGGUCAGGGCUUUUUUCAAUCACUAUUCGUUCUGUUGGCGAUUUGCUGCAUUCCCGUCAUGCUUUUAGGCAAGCCCAUUAAGAUAAUGCAGGCCCGCAAAUUGGCCAAUGAAGAGGUGCAGCCCAUAACUGGUGCCACAUCCGAUGCUGAGGUGGGUGGAGUUUCCAAUGGUAGUGCUUCACAUGGCGGCGGUGGCGAUCAGCACGAUGAGGAGGAAAUAUCGGAGAUUUUUAUACAUCAAGGCAUCCACACCAUCGAAUAUGUGCUUGGCUCCGUUUCCCAUACCGCAUCCUAUUUGCGUUUAUGGGCCUUGUCAUUGGCGCACGCUCAACUGGCCGAUGUCUUGUGGACCAUGGUCCUGUCAACUGGUCUAAAGCAAGAGGGCUGGCUCGGUGGCAUAAUGCUAACCAUUGUCUUCGCUUUCUGGGCCAUUUUAACUAUUGGCAUUUUGGUUUUGAUGGAGGGUCUUUCCGCAUUUUUGCAUACGCUUCGUUUGCACUGGGUUGAGUUCCAGAGCAAAUUUUAUAUGGGACAAGGAUAUGCCUUCCAGCCAUUCGCCUUCGAUGCUAUCAUUGAGAAUGGCAGUGCUAGCUCCGGCGAGGCCGACUAAGCCGGCGAAGAAAGCAGAGUUGAUGUCAGAAAAAAACCAACCAAAGCAUAUUGAGAGUCUCAUCGUCUAUGCAUCUAAAUAUAAUCAAUACGCUAACUUGCUAACAAUGAAAUGGAAUGUACCAAUUUCGUCGUUACCGUUAAUUGUGCUCGAUGUCUAUUUAGUGAGAUUAAUCAUGAAUUUAUUGUCUAUCCACGCACGUAGCUUUUGUGCUAGCUAAUUAAUAUAUAAAGUGUUCUUCAUAGUCCUUUAUUGUGUUUAUAAACUACAAAUAAAUAGCAAAAGCGCCCGAUGCUCGGGUUAGCCCAAAAACAAAA